AAACGGUGGGGAGAAGUGGGCGAGAGCUUCGGUCGAUCUCUCGAUUAUGUAAGCGAUUCCCCAGAUUCCCGCACGGACCUGCCGCCUUCCAAAAAGUUCACGUUCCUGGGAGAGCUGCAUGUGAUCGUGUGUCUACGUCUCUUCCCCUAGAUUACCCUCGCAAAGAUGGCGACGGGUCCUCUGCGCUUCGCUACUCCGCACAUCGAAGAACUUCCCACCACCCACACACGCCAAGCUCCAGGCUUCGCGUGGGUGGCAGUCUCGGGGGCGCAAGACGAUUCGAGCAAGAACUGGGGCACAGCGAAUCGCAAGCGAGCCCGAGCGCAAGGAGGAGGGCAAACAGAAGCGCAAAAGGAGGCCAUCACCGCUCGCCAGCAGCGUGAGAUUGAGCGCAAGAUCAAAGAGCUCAACAGCGACAAUUCCAAAGACGUGCAAAUCCCGCUUCCCAAGAGGGAGGGCACUGGCGGCGGGGCAUCGCGCGCGGGCAAGACAUCCAACACCAAGAAGAUUCUGGCUUCGGGCAAGACGUUUGCUCAUUACUUGGACGACGAAGAGGCGGAGAUUGCGAGGACGGGAAGGCGAGAUGGCGAUUUGGAGGUGCAGAUGCCCGCUGCUCAACCACGGCCGAGCAAGACGCCGCUGGCUCGGCGGAAAACGCUGGGAGAGGACGGCAGUAGCACAGGCGGCACUCCCAUUCCUCAAUCACUGAAUGCCCGACGCUCCAUGGACCACUCCUCGCGGCCCAGCACGCCUGGUGCAUCACGUCUUGACGAACAAAAUGAAGACCAGCAAGACAUCCCAACCCUGCCGACAGACGCGGAGCUUGACGUGCUCCUCAAAGCACCACCACUCACCUACAACCAAGCGCGAUCCGCCCCGCCACCGUCCAACGCCCCUCCGCCGCGCAGGUUUUGCGAAGUAUGUGGCUUCUUCGGCCGGGCAAAGUGCAUGAAGUGCGGCGCCAUGACCUGCAGUGUUCUGUGCAAAGACACGCAUGACGAACAUCGAUGUCUCAAGUUCUAUGCAUAG